AUGCGUCGUGAAAAAACUGCCGAUACUGUUCCGCACCAAAUACUCAGCUUAACCGGUAUCAGUUUCGAGCGAAAAAGUAUUAUUGGAUUUGUGGAGUUGACGAUUGUUCCGGUGAAAGAAGUUCUGAAAAUAAUUCGGCUUAACUGUCGUCAAUGCCGUAUUUAUCGAGUUAUAUUGAACGACAGUUAUGAGGCAACUUUUCACUAUUUUGACCCGUUCCUCGACAUAUGUCAGGGAGAAAUAAAGUCCAAAUCCUUGGAUGUAUUUUCAAAAUGUCAUCUGGAAGCAGCGAAAAAAACAGAUCCGGACAAUAAUGCCGGUGAGCUGGUUAUAGUUAUUCCUGAACAGGCAUCACACUUGAUAGGAGAAGGCCGUGGAUUACGCGUUGGAAUCGAGUUUUCACUGGAGGAUCCCUCCGGUGGAGUGCAUUUUGUUAUUCCUGAUGGCGAAGGGACUAUGGAAGAGCGAGCGGCACAUAUGUUCACCUACGGUCAUGAGAAUUCUUCGAGACUAUGGUUCCCAUGUGUGGAUAGCUAUGCAGAACCAUGUACCUGGAAGUUGGAAUUCACAGUUGAUAAGAAUAUGACUGCCGUGUCUUGCGGAGAAUUGGUGGAAGUCGUUAUGACUCCUGACCUGAGAAGAAAAACUUAUCAUUAUACUGUAUCGGUUCCGGUUUCAGCUCCCAAUAUUGCGUUGGCUGUUGGUCCUUUUGAAAUAUAUGUUGAUCCACAUAUGCACGAAGUAACGCAUUUCUGUUUACCUCAGCUGAUGCCACUAUUGAAGAACACGGUUCGCUAUAUGCAUGAAGCUUUCGAAUUCUAUGAGGAGGCACUAACCCAACGUUAUCCGUUCAGUUGUUACAAACAGGUUUUCGUUGACGAAAUCGAUAACGACGGAAAUGCAUAUGCAACGUUAACGAUUCUUUCAACACACUUACUUCAUUCGAUUGCCAUCAUCGAUCAGACCUUUACUUCGCGCAAGGUAAUGUCCAAAGCUAUAGCAGAACAGUUUUUCGGUUGCUUCAUCACUAUGCAAAAUUGGUCUGAUGCUUGGUUGGCUCGUGGAAUUGCUGAGUACAUGUGCGGUUUGUAUUCUAAGAAAUGCUUCGGCAACAAUGCCUAUCGUGGGUGGAUUCGGGAUGAAUUGGCUGAGGUGGUAAAAUACGAGGAAAAGUUCGGAGGAAUUAUCCUGGAUUGCAGCCAAGCGCCAGCUCCACCGGCGGUUUCCAGCAUCAAUCAAUCACCAGCAGCGCCCGCUAAAGCCUACAACGAUAAUCCGUUUUACUUCCCGAUCAAAAAUUUGCACACUAUUUCUCCAAAGUAUGUGGAAAUCAUGAGGAAAAAAGCUCAUUUGGUAAUACGAAUGUUGGAACAUCGAAUCGGCCAGGAAUUGCUUUUGCAAGUGUUCAAUAAACAGCUAGCGCUGGCUUCGAAUGCUGCUUCGACGAAAAUCAGUAGCGGUUUGUGGCAUCACUUGCACAUUUCAACCAACAUUUUCACCAAGGCCAUAUUCACGGUGACCGGAAAGGAUAUGGCAGUUUUCAUCGAUCAAUGGGUUCGAACGGGUGGGCACGCGAAGUUUACGAUGACAUCGGUGUUCAAUCGAAAGAGAAACACUAUUGAGCUUGAAAUUCGCCAGGAUGCUGUUAAUCAGAAGGGGGUUCGGAAAUAUGUGGGUCCUUUGUUAAUUCAGCUGCAGGAAUUGGAUGGAACAUUUAAACACACCCUCCAGAUCGAAAAUAUUGUUGUGAAGGCGGAUAUAACUUGUCAUUCGAAAAGUAGGAGAAAUAAAAAGAAAAAAAUUCCAUUAUGUACCGGAGAGGAAGUCGAUAUGGAUCUUUCCCCCAUGGACGAAUCUCCUGUGCUGUGGAUUCGUUUGGACCCCGAAAUGACCUUGUUGCGUUCGGUUCACAUUGAGCAGCCCGAUUUCCAGUGGCAGUUCCAACUGCGUCACGAACGUGAUGUCACCGCUCAGUUGGAAGCAAUCGAUGCGCUGGAGAAGUAUGCUUCCCCUGCAACGCGCCUAGCGCUCACGGAUACAAUCGAGAAUGAACAGGUUUUCUACGAAGUUCGUUGCAAAGCGGCUAUUUGCCUGACAAAGGUUGCCAACGCAAUGGUCACCUCCUGGCAGGGUCCUCCUGCGAUGCUAACCAUAUUCAAAAAAUUUUUCGGAUCAUUUAGUGCACCGCACAUCAUCCGGCAGAACAAUUUCACCAACUUCCAGCAUUAUUUCCUACAGAAAACAAUACCGGUAGCAAUGGCAGGUUUGCGAACCGCACACGGUAUUGUUCCGCCGGAAGUAAUUCGGUUUUUACUGGAUUUAUUCAAGUACAAUGAUAAUACAAAGAACCACUAUUCGGAUAACUAUUACCGGGCGGCUUUGGUAGAAGCACUUGGAAACUCAAUCACUCCGGUAAUUUCUGUGGUGCACCAGGGAAUGGCACUCACAUCGGAGAAUUUGUCGGCGGAUGCAAAAUUGGUCCUGGAAGAAGUCACCCGAAUAUUGAAUCUGGAAAAACAUCUUCCCUCGUACAAGUACACAGUAUCGAUUGCCUGUCUGAAGGUGAUUCGCAAACUGCAGAAGUGCGGUCAUCUGCCGACGAAUCCGAAAAUAUAUCGCAGUUACGCGGCCUACGGACAGUACAUUGAUGUGCGUGUUGCUGCCAUGGAGUGUUUGGUGGAUUUCGUCAAAAUCGAUGGACGCUGGGAAGAUUUGGAGCAUUUAAUUGAUCUGCUGGAAACUGAUCCGGAUCCGAUGGCUCGACACAAACUGGGGCGAUUGCUAAUUGAAAAUCUACCCUUUGAUAAAAGUAACAGACAUCGGUUGGAUCGUGAGGAGCUUGCUCUUCGAAUUUGGAAUAACAUGAAUGGCUUGCUAUCGCACGACACGCGACUCCGUUGCGAUAUGGUGGAUUUAUACUACACUCUGUACAACGUUCGCGUUCCUAUUUGUCUGCCGAAUCCGGAACUGGCGGCAAUAUUGAAGCCCCAAAAACUGGCUUCUUCUUUUGCUGUUGUAGCUGACCGACAUCAAGAACCCGAGCGAGAAAAAUCUGUUGAACUUGAAUUGAAUCCCUUUCCACCAAAACGGGCUAGAUCUGUUAGUCCGUUGGAUAUUAAACCGCUGGAUCUUAUGGACAUAGGACCGACUGAGCUGCUUCUGUCGAAAAGCCGUCCAGGAUCCCCGAUGUUGGAAGACAUUCGAGAAGAUAUAAUUCUGGAAACUGUUGACUCCACUAUUAAAACGGAGAUUGUGGAAACGGAAAAACCACCAGAACUAAAAGAGGAAAUAAUCGAUCUCGAAGACAACAACUCAAUGUCCCAUGUCAGCACCGAGCAACCUUUGUUGAAAAAAUCGAAAUCGGAUUUCUAUUCGGACAACUCUAUUUCAUUGCCUGGAAUAACUCCGACCAGCAGCUCGGUUACUGGCCCAACUGGUUUCGAGCCGGGUAUGUUUGGUAAUUCGUCGGAACCAGUACUCACGGUGCCAUCUGAAGCAAGUAUCAGUGGCAAAUCGGACGGCAGCAAAAAAAAGAAAAAGAAAGAAAAGAAGAAACACAAGCACAAACACAAACAUAAGCACAACAAAGACAAGGAUCGAGAACGAGAUAAAGAUCGUGACAGAGAACGAGAAAAAAGUAAAGAGAAAAAGGACUCCAGUGCGGUGCGUUCAAUCAAAGAGGACACCCAGGAAACGUUGAGCUCGGCAGAUAGUUCUAGUAGGGAUAGCAACCCAACUACUUUGGAUGUGACGUUGUAAAAUGCAAUGAGGAAAUAAAAUAUAUACAUGUAUUUUGGUACAGCCUA